CGAAGCGCAGCACGAGGUCUCCGAAGCGUCGAAAGAGAUUAAGGCGGCCCAGCAGUAACUAACUAACAACGUGGGGGCCUCAAAGAACAGCACCUUCGAGGCGACCCUGAAGGCGAUGCUCAAGGCGGCGCGGAAGAAGCGCAGCAUCGCGAGGUGGAGAGCACUGGAAACGUUCUUCGAGGGCUAUGUACGGCAGCUCGAGAAGAAGAGCCGCGAGGGGGAUCAGGCGGGCUUCUACAGACAGGCACCUCAAGAUGAUCGACGUCGAAGGUCCUUUGGGACGUUUUUUCGCCAACGGUGGGCACGGUGGUUCCACAAGCUUCUCAACACCAAGUCGCCGACCAUCGACCUGCAUGCGGCUGACAAGGUCAAGCGGUGGCCCACGUGCGUGCCACUCGACGACAUCCCAUCUCUACUUGAGGUUGAGGAAGCGGUACGGCAAAUGGCCAACAGAAAGGCCGUCGGGCCGGACGACCUACCGGCUGAGCUGAUCAAGCUUUUCCUGGACGGAGAUCAAGGUCUCCUNGCCAACAGGAAGGCCGUCGGGCCGGACGACCUACCGGCUGAGCUGAUCAAACUUUUCCUGGACGGAGAUCAACUNCCAAGUCGCCGACCAUCGACCUGCAUGCGGCUGACAAGAAAGGCCGUCGGGCCGGACGACCUACCGGCUGAGCUGAUCAAGCUUUUCCUGGACGGAGAUCAAGGUCUCCUCCGCGAGUUCCACGCCAUUGUCGUGGACGUGUGGCAGACUGGGGACGUACCACAGCAGUGGAAGGAUGCCACCAUCAAAGUUCUGUUCAAGAAGGGGGACACGAUGGAGUGCGGCAACUACCGGGGCAUCUCUCUCGUCGCACACGCCGGCAAGAUGCUGGUGUUCAUUCGCCACUUCCACAUNCCGAAGAUGCUGGCGGUCAUUCGCCACUUCCACGAGGGCAUGAGGGCGCGCGUCCGAACGGACGACGGGCAGUACUCGGAAUGGUUCGACGUGGGCCAAGGCCUCCGACAGGGAUGCAACCUGGCCCCGCUGCUGUUCAACAUGUUCUUUGCCGCGAUACUCAUGGUCGCCGUGGGCGAGUUCGACAAGGACCCCAAGGUGACGGCGGAAAUGGUCAAGAUCGGGAAACAAGUGGAGUACACGGGCAAGAAGGGCAGGUCGGCGGAGAAGAAGACAAUGAUGGUGGUGACGGACUCGGAGGCCCUGUGGGCCAUGCUCUACGUUGACGACGCGGCCAUCAUCUCGAGCUCGCCGGAGAGUCUCGAGAAGAUGAUGUCGGUCAUCGUGCGCGUGGCCGGCCUGUUCGGACUGAUGGUAUCGGAGCCAAAGACCUAG